AUGUGCCCCACACAGUCAUGUGUUAUGAGUGUAUUACUCUUACAAGUCGACUUCAGGCUCUACGACGUGUUACUGUGUGUGUAACUUGCAGACGUAGAGACGCAGGAAGGAUAGUGAACGAGCGAUGGUUGCUAUGAAGGAUGCGUCGUCAUGCGUGAUGCCACCGCGUGAGGCAGCUGCCUUCAUCGCUGAAUCGGCCAAGGACGUGAAGAUACUGCCAGACGGAGUGGAAAAGCUAGCGCACCAUCUUGCAGAUGUGAUGGGAAAAAAUAAGCACAAGGUCAAUGAAAAUCAACUUCCAGAUUUCAACCCGAAAACGGCUGACAGAGCAGCAGUAGACUGGGUGUUCUUCAUCGACACGCUGAACUUCUCGUUCUGGUCGGAGGAUGAGCGGCGAGCGUUCACCGUGCGACACAGAGGUCGCGACCUCACCGGCUACUUCUCUCUCUGCGCAGCCGUCAACAGGUCGCUGGAGGCUGGCGUUCCCCUGACGGACCCUGCGUACUACUCCACCCUGACGCUGGAGAAGCUGAGAGAGCAUCUAAGAGGAGAAGAUGGAGGAGAGAUGCCGAUGAUGCAGGAACGACUCGCCAACAUCCGUGAAGCUGGCAGCGUGCUGGUCGAGAAAUUCUCCGGUUCCUUCCUGACGUGCGUCGAGCGUAGCAACAAGAGUGCAUCCUGCCUGCUCCGCCUGAUCUUGGACAACUUCCCGUCGUACAGGGACGAAACCACGUACGUGGGACGCAGAGUGGCACUAUGGAAGCGAGCUCAGAUCCUGGUAGCAGACAUCUGGUUGUGUUGUGAGGGCAAAGGUCACGGCGAAUUCCACGACAUAGACACCCUCACUAUGUUUGCCGAUUACAGAAUACCGCAGGCGCUGGUUUACUUCGGCGUUCUGGAGUAUUCGCAGGAACUCCUGGAUCUGCUGCUUAAAGGUCACUUGUUCCAGAGUGGUGAUAGGAAGGAGGUCGAGAUCAGGGGCGCUAGCAUCUGGGCGGUGGAGUUGGUCCUCUCAAAACUGCGCGCGCUCCUGCAGACAGAGGGCGCCGCCGGAGUGCACGUGAACGCCGUGAUGGUUGACUUCUACCUCUGGGAUCUCAUCAAAGCCAAGACGGCUGAAGGCAGCUCCCAGCUUCCCUUCCAUCACAUCAGAUGCAUUUACUACUGAGAUUCAGUGAGCGAUCUAUCGUGAACAACCUGCUAGAACGACGGGGAAUGUUCCUAGAACGACGGGGAAUGUUCCUAGAACCCCGAGUGCACGGACGACCCUAUCCCUAACCGGAAGGUUGGGGAGGGAAUACUGGACAGUGUUACCUAACGAACAAUCAACUAGCUGUGAUUACUAAAACCAUUCUAAUUAUGAUGAUCUUCAUGCAAAGCUGCUAUGAUAUCAAUAAAUAUGUAUCAUAUGAUUAGUAAGAAUCUGUUGUCUACCUAUCGAAGGUAACACAGUGUGACGAUAUCUACUCAAUGGAUGUUUUUUUAAACAUUACUUAUGUUGACAGGGUGCAUGCAUGACGAAUGUGAUUGUAAAACAAUGCAAAAUAAAUAACCGUUAUCAAUGGUAAAUAAGACAGAA